AUGGUCAAAUCCUACAGCAAGUAUGAGCAGACGGACGCUUUCGGCGUGGUCGCGACUGCUACCUCGAAUAUAAUCUGGACCCCAGAAGGUCUGACACAGCCGGGCUCUAAUCGGCCUGCUGGCGCCGGACGCGCAUACGCUGCUGCGAACGAGGAGGUUCUGUGCUGGGAUAUAAAGAAAAGCGAGCUCGUGAGCCGGUGGCGAGAUAACUCCUGCACUGAAGAAGUCACCUUUAUUCGUCGAAGCGACGUGGACACAGAUGUCUUUGCCGUUGGCUACGCCGAUGGCAGCAUACGCAUCUGGGAUGCGCGAACGUCGACGGUCAUCAUCACCUUCAACGGCCACAAGUCUGCAGUCACUGCCCUUGCUUUCGACCAGACCGGUGUCCGACUAGCAAGUGGUUCCAAAGAUACAGACAUCAUUAUAUGGGACCUGGUUUCGGAAACAGGCUUGUUCAAACUAAGAGGACACAAGGGUCAGAUUACCGGUUUGCAUUUCAUCCACCCCGAAGACUCACCCCAAGAGAACGGUACCGACGAUGGAGAUGUUGACAUGGACCCGGACCAGGCGUUCCUGUUGUCUACCAGCAAGGAUGCCUUGAUCAAGAUUUGGGACGUCACUACCCAGCACUGCAUCGAAACACACAUUGCGCAGACAAAUGGCGAAUGCUGGGCCUUGGGUGUGUCACCAGACGGUAGUGGAUGUAUCACAGCAGGCAACGAUGGAGAGCUCAAGGUGUGGGCCAUUGACCAAGCCGGUUUGCGAAAAGCCGGUUCGAAAAUUGGCGAAGCGACAGACCUCGAGUACCUCACCCCAAGAGGCAUACUAUACCGACAGGGCAAGGAUAGAACACAGGGGAUCUCAUUCUAUGCAAAGGCCGACUACAUUGCGGUGCAUGGUGCAGAAAAGGCUGUCGAGAUCUGGCGCAUAAAGACCCCAGAAGAGGUCAGGAAGAGCUUGAUCAGAAAAAGAAAGAGAAGGAAGGAAAAGGCAAAAAAUGAGACAAGGGGAGACGCGCAAGAAGAGGCGGACGCAGAUGAAAAGGUUAAUGUGGCGGAUGCUGAGAUUGGUGAAGUAUUUGUGCCAUAUGUGACCGUACGGACGGCCGGAAAGGUGAGGUCAGUUGCUUGGAUGCACAUCAAAGGAUCGAAGAAGUUGCAGCUUCUUGUCGGCACCAACAACAACCUCAUCGAUGUUUACGAGAUUCCGCAAAAGAGCAAGUCGAAGAGCGAGGAAGCCCCCGACUAUUCUCGGACAUUAGCCGUUGAGCUCUCCGGACAUAGGAACGACGUGCGCGCGCUUGCACUCAGCUCGGACGACCGCAUGCUAGCAUCUGCUUCGAGCGGAGGCCUGAAGAUAUGGAAUGUCAAGACCCAGAAUUGUUUGCGCACAUUGGAGUGCGGAUAUGCCCUGUGUUGUGCAUUCCUUCCAGGAGACAAGAUUGUUGUCGUAGGAACGAAAGAUGGCGAUAUUGAGCUGUAUGAUAUUGCAGCAUCGACAUUACUCGACAAGAUCUCUGCCCACGAAGGAGCUGUGUGGACAAUGCAAGUGCAUCCCGAUGGCAAAUCACUCAUUACAGGCAGUGCAGACAAAUCGGUCAAGUUCUGGAAUUUUGACAUUAUCCAGGAGGAGAUACCAGGAACCAAACGUACAACGCCUCGUCUCAAGCUUAUCCAGUCCCGUGUUCUCAAGGUCAAUGACGACGUUCUAAGCAUACAUGUAUCGCCCGAUUCACGAUUACUAGCCGUCGCAACCCUCGACAAUACGGUCAAAGUCUUCUUUGUAGAUUCGCUAAAGCUCUUCCUCAACCUAUAUGGCCACAAACUCCCCGUCCUCAACAUGUCCAUCUCCAGUGAUAGCAAACUCAUCGCUACUUGUUCCGCUGACAAGAAUGUGCGUAUAUGGGGCCUAGACUUUGGAGACUGCCACAAGGCAUUGUUCGGUCAUGAAGACAGCAUCAUGCAGACCUCUUUCAUCCCGCAUCCCGUCGAUGGCGAUGAACGCCACCUCCUUUUUAGCGCUAGUAAAGACAGGACGAUCAAGAGCUGGGACGGCGACAAGUUCCAGCAGAUCCAGAAGUUCAAGGGCCACCACGGUGAGAUUUGGGCCAUGACCGUGGCGCGGACCGGUGACUUUAUCGUCACAGCUAGUCACGAUAAGAGCAUACGUAUCUGGACGCGAUCAGAUGAGCCCAUUUUCCUCGAGGAAGAGAGGGAAAGAGAACUGGAAGAAAUGUACGAAAAGACACUUGCAACAAAUCUCGAAGAUGAGGAGGACCCCAACGGUGAACGCGCCGAAGCCGUCGCCGCCAGCAAACAAACCAUUACCACUCUCACAGCCGGUGAACGCAUUCAAGAAGCCCUAGAUCUGGGCAUGGUAGACCUGGAGGUUGUUCGUGAUUGGGAGAUCCAGAAGAAGUCCAACCCUAGGAUUGCACCACCGCAGCGCGAUCCUCUCUUCCUGGCUCUCGGUAAUAUAUCAGCCGAACGCCAUGUCCUCAACACUCUCGCCAAGAUUCCCGCAGCACAACUCCACGACGCACUCCUUGUUCUGCCCUUUUCUUCUCUGCCUGCUCUCUUUACCUUUCUCGCUAUCUGGGUGCGCAAGCAAUGGAACAUUACCCUGACGUGCCGGGUUCUCUUUUUCAUGCUAAAGACACAUCAAAAGCAAAUUGUUGCAAGCAGAGAGUUGAAGACUGUAAUUGAAGGCAUGCGCAACGACCUCCGGAGUACUUUGAUGGGUAACAAGGACCUGAUCGGGUUCAAUGUUGCAGCCAUGAGGUUUGUGGGCGAGAGAGUGGAUGAGGCACAGUUGGUCAGAUGGGAAGACGUGGAUAAGCUGGAGGAAGAGAAGAAGAACAGGAAGAAGAGAGGGUUUGUCGAUGUAGCAUAGAGUCGUCUUUGAAGCAUGAGCUAGGGCGGCGUAUCGGUCUGGGUUAAAAAAUAUUGUACCAUUGAUUGAAUUAUAGCAUGUUGACGAAAGUAUACGCCAGUUGUCUUUGUCAACAUGGUUUGCAGCAUGUUGCUGAUUAUAGUUUCGACUCGCUACGAGACUCGAUAAGUUCUUCUUCCUCUUGCCGUACACCCUGCCACACGUCAGCAACAUGCCACAGUUUAGUCAGUCCAAUGUCCUCUAAUAUUGCACCUCUCCCAUGACGAUAGAUCGCAUCAUAAUGAUCUUCGUC